UCCACCUCUCAGGUUGCCCUCUUCGGCGCCAAUGUCUGCCCGAUCGAAAGCCUCGACUACGAAAUCGCGGAGAAUGACGUGUUCAAGCAGGACUGGAGGUCUCGCGGGAAGAAGCAGAUGUUCCAGUACUUGUUCAUGAAGUGGUCGCUCUGUUUUCUUGUUGGGUUGAUUGUUAGCCUAAUUGGGUUCUUCAAUAACUUGGCCGUCGAGAACAUUGCUGGAUUGAAGUUCGUGGUCACUUCCAACAUGAUGCUCGCCGGGAGGUUUAAGAUGGCAUUUUUCGUGUUCUCUGCAUCUAACUUGGUAUUGACUCUGUUUGCAACCCUCAUCACGGCAUUCAUAGCUCCGGCUGCCGCCGGUUCUGGUAUACCGGAGGUGAAGGCUUACCUCAAUGGUAGUCAUUUUUUUCCGUAG